CGGGGCGGGCCGGGCCGGCGGAGCGGGGCCCUUUAAGAGGUGCCGGCGGCGCGGGAGGGCGGCACAGGGCCGGGCGUGCAGCGAGUCGCGGCCCCGCCACCGGCUAGGGUAGAGCCGCAGCGAAGCCCCUCGGACGGCCCCCGGAGCCGGCUGCACCGAGAUCCGUUGCACGGUGCCCGGCUCCCGCUGCACGGACCCCUGGGCUCUGCCGCAUCGCGCCCCACUCCACGGACCCCCGGAUCCCACUACACCGAGACCCAUUGUACGGUGCCCGGCUCCCGUUGCACGGACCCCCGGACCCCACCGCGGCGGACUCCACUGCGCGGACCCGCGGAUCCUACCCCAUCGCCCCCUAUCGCAGCCCGUCUCCGGACCCUAUCGCACCGAGCCCCGCUACACGGUGCCCGGACCCCCAUUACACCGGACCCCUACUCCCCAUUGCGCGGGCCGCCGGUGCGGCGGGCAUGGCAUCCGGGAGCCGGCCCUGGGGGGCCCUGCUGCUGCUGCCGCUGCUGCUGCUGCCGGCGGCGAGCCGGGCGGGCGGCGGAUGCGCGGGGGAAGGCGGCCCGCUGGAGCCCUUCGACGCGCUGUACGCCAGCGGCGUGGAGGCGUACUACGGCGGCGACUUCGCGGGCGCGGCGCGGUGCCUGGAGCGGGCGCUGCGCAGCCGGCGGGAGCUGCGGGCCGCGCGGUUGCGGUGCCGGCGGCGCUGCCGCGGGCAGGUGCGGUUGGCGGCGCCGGGUCCGGGCGCCGGAGGAGACCUGCCCUUCUUCGGCUCGGUGCUGCGGCGUGCCGGCUGCGUGCGGCGCUGCGAGGAACCGCGGCUGGGAGCCGCCUCCCGCCACCGCGCCGCCGAGGAGGUGCGCGCCGACUUCCAGCGCAGGGUGCCCUACAGCUACUUGCAGCGCGCCUACAUCCAGAUGAACAAGCUAGAGGAGGCAGCAAAUGCAGCUCACACCUUCUUCAUGGCAAACCCUGAGCACAUGGAGAUACAGCAGGACAUCGAGAACUACAAGACCACGGCAGGGAAGGUCAGCUUGAUUGACCGGGAGGCCAAGCAGCACAUGGAGGAUUACAGUGCUGGAGUAAGGCACUACGACAAGGAGGAGUACGAGCUGGCCGUUGAAUUCUUGGAGCGUGCAUUGAAAGGGUACUACGUCGAGGAUGAAGAUUGCCAGAUCAUGUGUGAGGGACCGCAGAGAUUUGAGGAGCACGAGUACCUGGAAUAUAAGGCUGGCCUCUAUGAAGCUAUUGCAGAUCACUACAUGCAAGUUCUGGCUUGCAAACAUGACUGUGUCCGAGAACUCGCCACGCGUUCAGGCCGUAUCUCGCCCAUUGAAAAUUUCCUUCCCCUCCAUUACGACUACUUGCAGUUUGCCUAUUACAGAGUCGGUGACUAUGUAAAAGCCCUGGAGUGUGCCAAGUCCUACCUCCUCUUCCACCCGGACGAUGAAGAUGUCUUGGAGAACGCAGGUUAUUAUGAGAGCCUCUUGGAAGGUACGAUGGAUCCAGACACCGUCAAACCCAGAAAGGAAGCAAAGACGUUGCUGCGGCGCCAUAAGCUGGAGUCUCACCUCUUGCAGGUGGCUGCGGCCAGCCUCGGGUACACCUACACGGAGCCGAACUACUGGAACAGGUACGGUGCCCGCCAGGAUGAGCACAGCGUCCCAUCAAGUAUCAGCAGUGAACCAGAGGAUGGGCCCCGGCUGUCCCUGGCAAAGAAACCCAUGCCAAAACCAGAUCGAGAGUUGAAGGAGGGGGGUCCGCUUCUCUACAGCGACGUGAAAUUUGUCUACAACUCGCAGCAGCUGAAUGGCACCCAGCGAGUACUCCUGGAUAACGUCAUCUCGGAGGAGCAGUGCCGAGAGCUUCACAGGGUGGCCAGUGGAAUCAUGUUGGCUGGAGAUGGUUACAGGGGCAAAACCUCCCCCCACACUCCGAACGAGAGAUUUGAAGGAGCCACUGUCCUCAAAGCCCUCAAGUACGGCUACGAGGGCCGUGUCCCACUGAAGAGCGCCCGGCUUUUCUACGACAUCAGCGAGAAGGCUCGCAGGAUCGUCGAGUCCUACUUCAUGCUGAACUCCACACUCUACUUCUCCUACACCCACCUGGUGUGCCGCACCGCCCUCUCCGGCCAGCAGGAGAGGAGGAAUGACCUGAGUCACCCCAUCCAUGCUGACAACUGCCUCUUGGACCCCGAGGCCAACGAGUGCUGGAAGGAGCCUCCUGCCUACACCUUUCGGGAUUACAGUGCCCUCCUGUACAUGAACGCGGAUUUCGAAGGAGGAGAGUUCAUUUUCACUGAGAUGGAUGCCAAAACUGUGACGGCCUCCAUCAAGCCAAAGUGUGGGCGAAUGAUCAGCUUCUCGUCAGGCGGCGAGAACCCCCAUGGGGUGAAGGCGGUUACCAAAGGCCAGCGGUGCGCUGUGGCUCUCUGGUUCACCUUGGACCCACUUUACAGAGAGCUGGAACGAAUCCAGGCAGAUGAAGUGAUUGCGAUGUUGGACCAGGAGCAUCUAGGACCCAGUGAAAUGAACAUCAACCCAAAGGAUGAGCUAUGAACUAGGCCAAAGACUUUUUCUAUUAAAUAUUUAUUUAAUAUUGUUAAUCUUAUUAGAACCCUUCUAUUUUUGUACAGAGCUGCUGUAUAAAUUAACAGGUUAAUAUGAUUGUGGAGUUUCAGGCGUGCCUCUUCUGUGUUUAGCACAGCUCUUGCUGGGACCCCUCAUCUCUGUGCCAGCAUCUCCUGCUGCGACUGACUCUGUGUCUGGGGUUCCCUGUCCUUCCGUGGCACUUCUCAGGAUGUAUUCAGGCCCACUGUACCCCCUUGGAGAACCCCUUUUUUUUCUUUCUCAGCCAGAAAUAGCUGCUUCUCUUUAGCCUCUGCUAGAGAAAUGUCUCAGGUGUGAUAACAGACCAGUCUUCCUGCCCCUGCUAAGUGCUGGCUGAAGACCCGGGCAGUGCUGCCCUUGGGGAAACUGGAGCACAAGUCAGUUAUUUCCAUCUCGGAGCCCUUCACUGUUUGAAAUAUACUUUUUAGGGAAAAAACAAAGCAAAACCCAGGCCCUAGCAAAAUGCAUAUCUCCCUGUAACCAUGCAAAGCUGGCAUUUGGGCAUUAAUUCUGAGCAGAGCUUCCAGAAGUCACCUGCUGGGCCCAGCCAAGAAGGGGUUUGAUUUCCAGCUGACUCCAGUGAAAUAGGGUCUAUCACUCAUGUUCAAUCCCUGCUCUUGCUAGUGGCCUGGGAUGUAUGAAAGAAACUGCUUCACAUCACAUCCUUUUUUGCUUCUAGCCCAGUGCUGCUGCUGGUAAAACCCAAGGUUAGAAGUCAUCGUUUCCAGGUCCAUUUUGGAAAGCAGCUGACAGGCUCAGGGAUGUUACUGUGCCAUGGUGUUGGGUGAUCAUGGCGCAGCUUUGUACUCCAGAUGUCCUGGCUGCGUCCUCCCAUCCUGACAGUGCAGGAGCAGCAGUUGUUCUUGGUGUGGUAGCAUCUGUUUCCUCAGAGUAUUUCUGACCCAGUCUGAGGGUGUUGCAGUGAAAGCACAUGCUGCUUAUCACAAGAGAUUUACUAUGAUGCCAGUAACUGCUGCUAAGCUAGUACAUCAUCCCCCUCCCACCAUUAAAUUAACUCCUCUGUGUGUGUGGAUCAGAGCAGCCCCUACCUCAGUCAAAACGAACACGGAAGUCACAGAACUGCCCACAUUCCAGACAUAGGGACAGCUUUUAUUUUGACCCAACAGCUGCUUCUGCUGCUAGAAAACAGUUCCUGAAAGGAAGGUUGCAGCAGUUUUUACUGUUGAAUUUACUGCAAGGCUGCUGUCUCUCCAGAAAGCACUGCAGGGAUCUUGGCUGGAAUUUGCAUCCCUGAGCAGCUUUGCUCAGUUCCCUGCUGCACUGGCACUUUCUUAGUCCUUUUCUGCUCCCCUCUGCCAGCUUCGACAUUUCCAGGACUUAAAAUCUGCAAUAGGGAACUGUCUUUUCAUGCAGCUUGUGCCUACCCAAAUCUUCCAUGCUCAGCAGCACCCUCUUCUAAUGCAGUCACUGGCUGCAAAGGCCAUAGACAAGGAUGGUCCUUCUGUAGAGACCCCCUCAAAAGCUGGUCCUGGGCAAGAUAAAGAGGAACUCAGCACAUCUGGAAAAAACAAAUGCCCAGACUGUGAAGGGGGCACCAUUACUGCCAAGAAAAUGAUGGAAGGGUCAUUUGGUGCACCUCCUCCACUGUGGAAGCUGCAGGGGAGAAAGCUCUUGAGUGUUUCUGAGCCACUAGUGUAGUUUGUUUCUUGGUGGUUAUCUCCCUUCCUUAUAGACUGUUGAAAAGUUUCAUUGUGUUGGCUCCCCAAAGAACUGCCCACAGCUCUCUGCUUUCAGAGACCCGUCCUUGCUUACAUGCCUCCCCUGCAAAUCCUAAGUCGCCCUUUUCUAAAAUAGCCAGAGGAAAAGCUGGAGGGAAGAAGGGGAGGGCAGCUGGAGACCUGAAAUGAAAUGCCAGUUGUGUUGUCCCCCCCCAUCUGCACCACACUAGUGCAUCCAAGGCUUGACUCAUACAUGCUGUACCUUCAGCAUGAGUUUGUGCUGCCAUCCCCCUGACAACCACAUCUGCUUGAGCACAUCCUGCAGAGCUCCCCCCGCAACUGCCCCAAGGAGCUCGGUGCAGACCCUACCCUCCCAGGGGCUGCAGGGAUCCCGCCAGCUGGUCCUCCUGCGGGGAGGUGGGGAGGGCAUCGCAGGUCGUGGUUUGUUUGCUGCUGUGGUGGUUAGCCAGAGCUGUGUCUAAAUCCAGGGGAAAUAAACUAAACAACA